AUGUUCCCCAACACACUCACAAUCAUGUCAGGCUUUUUCCAAAAGCUCUGGCCAGGAGCUGGACUUUCCGCUCCAAAUAACGCUGGGAUAGAGAUGCUCUGUAUUACGGCUCAAAAGGCAGAAGAGAAUGCUCGGAAGAUCCUAGACAAGCUUGAAGGGAAAGGAGAGAGGUCUUCUCAGAGAGCCCCGGAAUUUAUUUCCUUCUAG